AUGUCGGCCUCACGCUUCUUUUCCCUCAGCCCUCUCCUCGUCGCCGUCUCUUGCUUGCUCUCCUUGUCCCCAGAUGCUUAUGUUGGCGCAAUCAAGCUUCAUCCUCGCCAAGAUGAGACGUCCUCAGACACCCUCCGCAAUAUCACCAUCAAUCUGAACAGCGAAAUGAUCCUGAACGCUUCAACUUCUGUUGGAGGUUUGGGUAUUGAGGAUGGAGAUAGUAUGGGUUUGGCCUCGUUGUGGGGAUACGUCAACUUCACGAUGUCGGGGAACUGGUCAAACAAUGGCUUGGGGUAUAGUGGAUCGUACUGGUGGACGAGGGAUCCUAAUGCGCGAGCAACAUUGAAGUUUAGAGGAGUCGCUGCUUAUUAUGCUGCCCCCCUCUCUUUUGGAACGACGACAAAUCAGAAUGUAUCGACGUUGAUCGAACUGGACACAUUACCAUCCCUUGUGAACUUCACGUCGCCCUAUGAACUGGUCGUGGGCGGAAACACCAGCACUGUCACGGGGUUGGAGCAAAACGGUACUGUCAGAGCCUUGUGGGGUCAGACAGGGUUGGCGGACGAAGUGCAUACCAUGGUGAUCUCAGUUGGCGAAAGGGACCAGUACGCAAUUCUCGAUACGUUGAUAUAUACUGUUGUUAUCAACUCUACUUCGGCAUCAUCUGCCGUCUCUGCAAGUUCAUCGAAGGGCACCACUCUCCGGAUUGCCCUGGCGACGUGUCUCAGUGUCGUGUGCGCCGCCCUGCUCGUGGCGCUGUUCUUGUGGUAUAGACGACGGAGCGCACUCAGGCGCCGGGGAUCAGGCGGAGUCAGCAAAUGGGUUGGUACAAGAUGGGUCGAAACUGAUGCAACUCGCCCAGAGGGUUUGGACAGCAAGGCUGAAGCCCGCGCACUUGAGAUGGAUAAGAUCGAGCGCGCCUAA